AUGAUAAUCAUUUAUUUAAUUGAAUAAUAAUGGUAUAGAAUUACUAUAAAAACAUUUUGGAGCAUCUAUUAAAAGAGCAAGUACUCAUUAAUUAAAAUAAUAGGUAAAUUCACUUAUAGAACAUUUUGGGGUAAAAUAUUCAAAGCAUUAGCAACCAUUACUUCUAGAGUUCAUUAAUUAUAAGAUUCAGCAUAAGUUGAAAAUGUCAUCUUACUUAUUGAUUAAUUAUUAGAAUAAGUUCAUGAUUCUAUGGAUCUUGAGAAGUUCUCAGAAGAAAAAAGAAUUCAAGCAUAUUAAAAGACUAGAAAUUUGUUAGUCAUUUCAAUUAAUACUACUGAAAGUACUUUGGCAUCAGCAAUAUCUGAUUUGGCAUUGUAUUAUAUCUAUCAUAUAUUUCAAGAGUAAAUGAAGUGAUCGAAUAGACCUUAGCUAGUCUCGAUAAUGUGAAUUAGAGAUUAGAAAUGCUCUAAUAAUCGAGAGAUGAUCGAUUCACUAUUUGUGAAUAAGAGGCUUAGGAUUACUAAGAUUCUAGAUCAUAACGAUAAUGA